GAUCUCCAUGUCCAGGCUGUAAAGAGGAUUCUCCUGAGGAUCAUCGAUAAAGAUAUCUGCUUGAAAAAGUUUCUGACAGAUGUAAAGAUGGGAGAUGCUGAGGAUGACAUUGCUGUCAUCGGUAUUGGCUGCAAUUUCCCAGGAGGAGAAGGCCUUGAGAACUUCUGGAAGGUUCUACUGGAGGGGAAGAACUGUACAGUACCGAUCCCAAAUGAGAGAUUUGACUGUUCCCAGUGGUACGACCCUGAUAACAACAAAGUGGGAAAAUCAUGCACAGAUAAGGCAGCGCUCAUUGAUGGGUUUAAUGAGUUUGAUCACAAGUUCUUUGGCAUCACUGAGUUUGAGGUGGAACAAAUGGACCCACAGCAGAAAUACCUUCUUCAGUGUACAUAUAGAGCUCUGGAAAAUGCUGGGAUUCCAAUGGAAAAGGCCAGCGGAACCAGAACAGGGGUGUAUUUGGGGUUUAUGAACAGAGAUUAUGAGCUAUCAGCUGCAGGUGGUAACCUAAAUAUAGUCAACCACUGGACGGGCACGGGACUAGCUAUGAGUAUAGCGGCCAACCGCAUCUCUUACGUCUUCAACUUCACUGGACCCUCAGUGACCAUCGACAGCGCUUGCUCUUCAUCCCUGGUUGCACUUCACUUCGCUUGUCAAGCCAUCAGACAAGGUGAUUGUGAGAUGGCUGUCUGUGGGGGGGUGAGUUGUAUAAUACAGCCAAUUAUCUUUGUGGCUCUCAGCAUGGCAAAGAUGAUUUCACCUGAUGGCACCAGCAAGCCUUUCUCCAGCAGAGCAGAUGGAUAUGGCAGAGGAGAGGGUUGUGGGAUUGUUCUGCUGAAGCCACUGAAAAAAGCUCUCAAAGAAAAUGACAAUAUUUGGGGCAUCAUCACAAAAACUGCAGUAAACCAAGAUGGCCACACAGUCAGUCCAAUCACCAAGCCAUCCAUGGUCCAGCAAGAGGAUCUUCUGCGCAGAAUCUAUUCAGAGUCAGACCUGUCAGCUGUCCAGUACAUAGAGGCUCAUGGGACUGGAACUCCAGUGGGGGACCCCAUAGAAGCUGGCAGCAUCUCCAAAGUAAUUGCCAAAGCCAGACCUCCAGGUUUAGAGACACUCCGCAUCGGCUCUGUGAAAGGCAACAUCGGUCACACAGAAUCUGCAGCUGGAGUGGCAGGGCUCAUCAAGGUACUCCUAAUGAUGAAGCAUGAAACCAUUGUCCCUUCACUCUUCUAUUCUGAGGACAGUGCCAGCAUUGAUGCUAAAGCCUUAAAUAUUAAGGUUCCCACAAAAGCAGAAAAGUGGGUCAAUUCUGUUGAAAGGGUUGCAGGGAUAAAUAACUUUGGUUUUGGAGGAACAAAUGCUCAUGUUAUUGUCAAACAACACAAGCACUCACAUGUUUCUGAAAGAAAUGGUAGGAAUUCACACAAGUAUUUUGUAUUCUCUGCAAGUUCUGAAAAGUCAAUUAUUAUGACGAUGGAGCACUCAAUUCAAGAGAUGGACAAAGAGGACAAAGUAGAUCUAGAAACUCUUGCAUACACAUCCGCUUGUAAGAGAACUCACUUAAAACACAAAUACAAGAAGGCUUUCAGAAUUUCCUCUCUGGUGGAUCUAAAGGAUCAACUCAAGUCUGCCCUGAGUAAAACUUUCAUCCCCUCACACUCAGAUCCAAGAUUAGUAUUUGUCUUUUGUGGUAAUGGUGUGACUUACCAUGGCAUGUGCAAGCAGCUCCUGAAACAUGAGCCUGUGUUCAGAGAGAAGGUCAGGGAGGUUGAGGUGCUUCUCCAAAAGUUCAAUAACAUGAGUAUCUUAGACAGACUUGAGAGUGAGUCUGAGAGUAAGGACUUUUCUAAACCAAAUGUUGUCCAGCCCCUUCUGUUUGCCAUCCAGGUUGGCAUUGCCAGUCUUUUCAAGCACUGGGGAAUCAAACCUGAUGCCAUUCUGGGUCACUCUGUUGGAGAAGUGGCUGCUGCCCACUGUUCAGGUCUCUUGUCACUUGAGGAUGCAGUGAAGGUGAUCUACCUCCGCAGUACUCUGCAGAGUAAGGUCACAGGAGGGAAAAUGCUUGUGGUCAGUAACAUGGCAGUGGCAGAGGUCUUAAGCCUCCUUCCUUCUUAUUCAAAUAAGGUUUGCCUUGCAGCCUUCAACAGUCCACAUUCCUGUACCCUCUCAGGUGAUGCAGAUGCUAUAGACAAUCUCCAUCAAAAGUUGACUAGCUCAGUUAAGAGUAAGAAUCUGUUCCUCCGUGUCCUUGAUGUCCCUGCUGCAUACCACAGCCAUAUGAUGGAUCCCAUCCUCUCUCAAAUUGAGGACAGUGUUGGCUUUUUACAGGUCAAUGAUGUGGAAUCAGAAUUGUUCUCAACAGUGACAGGUAAAGAGGCAGAGCAGACUGACUUCUGCACAGGCAAAUAUUGGGCCAAGAACAUUCGAGAGCCAGUUUCAUUUGAACAGGCAGUGAGAUCAGCAACCAAGGGAAAGACGAAUGCGGUGUUCGUGGAGAUAAGCCCAAGAAGGGCCCUACAAAGGAACAUCCAGGAGACUCUGGGAAAUGAGACACAAGUGCUGACCUCAGUUCAGCAAGAUAAAGACCAUGAGACAAUGUUGAACACUGUGUCCAAGCUGUUUGAGUUGGGGGUUCAGAUAAACUGGGAUGAGUUCUACAGAGGACGAGAGACACCGCCAAUGCCAUUUCCUGUUUAUCAGUUUGAUUGUAGUAAGAAAGAUGUUAUCAUUCCUGCAUCACGGAUGAACAGAGUACAAACUCAUCCUGUGCUAACCCAGACAGGAAGUGAGGGCAAUAGCUUCAGCUGUGAUCUGUUUUCUGACUCAGUAUCCUACUUGGAUGAGCAUAAACACAAUGGUGUUGCCAUUGUCCCUGGUGCCUUAUAUACCGAGUUGGGUCUGUCAGCUUUCAUGCUAAAUGUUAAACCAAAGGUGCCACUCAACAGAGUGCAAAUCAGCAUCAGUUUUCUAAGUCCAUUUGUCCUCACCAAAAAUGCACCAGAGAUGAAGGUGCAACUUGAAACAGAAGAGAAUGAAACACAUGUUAAGAUACACUCUAACUCCUCAACCUAUGCAUCAGGGACAAUAGUGUAUAAUCCAGGACUGCAAGUUGAAGAGCAAAACAUUUCGCUAAGCACUAUCUCCAAACGAUGCCAGUCAGUGGUGAGUUCUGUGGAGUUUUACAACAGUUAUCUUGGGUUUCAGUAUGGCCCUGUUUUCCAAAACAAGGGCGAUGUGCACUAUGGUGAAGAGUUCAGGGAGGCUUUUUCAGCUGUCACUGUUCCUGAGGAGUUGCUGUCUCAGUUACAUGAUUACUGCAUUCAUCCUGUAGUUCUGGACUUCCUGAUGCAACUUGCUCCUGUAACAGUAUUACAAGUGUUUUCUGGCAGAUCCGGAUUUCCAGCCAAAAUAGGCAGCCUGACUGUCUUUGAACCACUGCAACAUGAAAUGAUUAUUUAUGUGAGGGCAGUUCAUGUAGGAGUUGAUCACUAUGAAAUAUGUGGUUGUUUUGCAGACAAAAAGGGAAGAGUUCUGGUUGAGCUUAAGAAUGUGAUUACUAAGUAUCUUGACAGCCAUUCUAGUAUCGUUGAGGAAUAUUUCUUGCACAAUGACUUCAGGAUGGUAUCUGAGGACAACAUGUCCUCUCAGGCACCAACAGCUUUGGUCUUUUCUGGUCAUGUAAGCGUUUCCAAAGCCCUGGAGCAACACUUGAGCUCAAGUUCUAGAUACAUUUCCUUUGCAUGUGCCAAGGAAUUCUUGAGCCAUGGAUUUCCCACACUUCUUGCUAACCUUAAUAUCUCAGAUAUGAAGAAAAACAUCCAAGAAGUCUUGUUUGUCUGCGGCAAGGAAGACCUCACACCACUCAAUACUGAGAAGGUCAUGGAGAUUAUGCUAAACAGCUGCGAAAUGUUUCGUCAAAUCCUCCUGGAACUAAGGGCAAGUCAUUUUCCAAACUCUAUACGAGUAGUAACCUACCGUUCAUCAGAAAACACAGUGGACCGCAUCAGCCCGGGAUUUGUCCUUUCAGGCAUGCUAAGAGCAUGUGCUGCAGAAAUGCCUGAUCUUUCCUUCCAGUUAAUUGACAUCAGUUCUGUCUGUACUGAAGACAUCAGAGCAUUGUCUCAGGUUUUAAUGUCAUACCCUUGCAGCAAAUACCAGGAGUUGGUUGUGAAAGAUGGUCAGAUUUUUUUAUCUGAAGUUGUUCGUACUCCAAAGGAAACCAUUGAGAAAUCUGGGAGUAUUUACUCUUUAAUGUCUGAGCCAUGUAUCUUUCAAACAGCUGAUCCCUACAGAACAACUAGCCUGUCUGCCAUUGGCUGUGAAGUUGAGAAAAAAGACAUCCCUGAGACAUUGGUUGAGAUUCAGCUCAGAAAGAUUUGUGUUCAUUCCUCAGACUACUACCCUGUUAGUGUCUCCGAUCUUAACUUUGGUCAGACAAUGUACUGGAACAAACAUGCAUCUCAGAACCACCAGCAUCUUGCCCUUGACUUCAGUGGCACUGUCACAGCUGUGGGUAAAUUGGUGAGAGAACUGAAAGUGGGAGACCAUGUAGUCUCAUGUUUUCCUGUUCCUGCAUCCUCUACAGUCAUGAUUCCUGAAGGAGCAUGCUACAAAACAAAGAGGCUCCCAUUUCUCAAUAAGGCUCCAUGUGUUUCCUACUUUGUGCUGGCGUGGGAAAUUUUUCACAGAGCAUUACCGAGAAUCAAACAACAGAGAACUUUGGGUAUUGUCUCCUCUUUUCCAAAUUCUGCUCUAGUAAAUGUCUUAACCCAAACAGCAAAUCAAUCAAGAUGGAAUAUCAUCAUCGGGUCACAGUCCAAAGGGCUGUUUACAAAUGCUGAUAAAAUGGAUGCACUUGUUGUCUUACCACCAUUUGAUGAUUUUCUGUUGGAAAAAGCAGGCAAUUUCCCUGGUGUCGAACACAUCAUCCUUGUCUGUGACUCCCAAACCCAAGGCUUGCUAACAAAGAGUGUUUUCCAAAGUACGAAAGAUACUGUUCAAAUGCAAACCAUUCACAUGUCCAACAUCAUACAAAAGGGAUCACUAAUAGCCCAGAAGCCACACAUUUGUCAUUGGCUUGAAUCCAUGCAUUUGGACAGGAAAUCAUUUGUUCUAGAAUGCUCCACCUUUCAGAAUGCACCAUCAGAAUGCAUUAAUAUUCUGCCUGUUCAGGAAUCUGAAUCAUACUUCAGUUUACAGACCCUGUCUAUUGUGGUAAUAGGCAAAGAUGAUACCAAAGGCGCAAUAUCGAACAUUCUUUUGCUGCCUAAACCAAACGGGCAUUUCCAAAAGAACUCUGUGUACAUUGUCACAGGUGGUCUCACUGGGCUGGGGUUUGAGACUGUGAAGUUCAUUUCUCAGAAAGGAGGAGGGAAUAUCAUAAUUCUCUCCAGAAGAAGCCCCACACCGGACAUACAAAAGGAGAUCAGCAAACUGGAGACAAAAUACAAUGUCCAUAUCACAUGUAUGGGAUGUGAUGUCUCGGUCUCUGAUCAGGUACUCAGAGUAAUUAGUCACAUUGGCCAGAAAUUUCCUUCUUGUCCAAUCAAAGGGGUUUUCCACAGUGCUGUUGUCCUGCAUGAUGGCCUGUUGGAAACUCUUGACAGAUCUCAUUAUGAGAAAGUGCUGAAGCCCAAAGUGAAUGGGGCUCUGAAUCUGCACAAUGCAACCAAGCACUGUAAGUUAGAUUACUUUGUGUGCUACUCUUCUGUUGCAUCUUUUAUUGGUAAUGGCUCACAAACAAACUAUGCAGCAGCCAAUUCAUUUUUGGACACAUUCUGUCAUUAUAGACGAAGAAAUGGACUUGCAGCACAGUCCAUCAACUGGGGGGCUUUGAAUCUUGGUCUCCUGCUCAACAAGGUUAAUUUACAAAGGUUACUUGAGGCAAAGGGAUUGAUGGUUAUGGAUGUUACAGAGAUUCACAAAUGUCUGGAACAAUGCCUAAAGAUGAACAAACCCCAACAGGCUAUUUGCAAGUUUAACUUCAAAAACAUGAGAAACAAUGUGAUUGCUCAAAAGGCUGCGAAGACCAUGCGCUUGACCUCAUUGGUUGCGGAGAUGAUGCAAAAAACCCAACCGAAAGAGUCCCAUACGGGACAUGAUACCACUUCCUCCUCCCCAAGUGAAUAUGCAAGAUCUGUACUCAGCGAAACCAUCGGUGUUGACAAGAAUGAAUUGAAUAACGAUUCUUCUCUUUCUGCCUUAGGACUUGACUCAAUGCUAGCCAUGACGCUGCAAAACCUCAUAUUUCAGGAGAGGGGUUUAAAUGUGCCACUGGUUGAAUUGCUGGACUCAAACAGCACAGUUUCUACGUUGAUAACAAUACUGAACAGAGGCACUGAGGGUGAAUCACAAAAUGAUGAUCACAAAUAGGCUAUGGAAGCUGCAUUGUUUUAGAAGACUUUAAACCCUUUUCUGUCUUUACAACCACGCCAAAACACCACCAUGCCGUCAUGGUAACCAUUAGUUACUGAUAUAACGAGUAAUGUUAAAUCUGAUUGGAGCUAGUGAGGAAUAAACUUCUGUUUUCCUUUGUGGGGGGUGCUGUGCUUAGUAGCCGGGAAGCCACCUAAUUAAAUUCGUUUUUGCAGACUGGGACGUAUGAAUUAGCAAGAUGUUAUGUUAUCUUGUCAACAAUACAAUUAUUCAUGUUUGAACGCUAUCUGUUAAUGAUUAGCAGCACCGUAAAAUUUUGUUUUCGGACAGUGGGGCCGGGAAAGUUGGCUUUAUUUCAGUAGAACUACAAGUCCUUAAUAGUUAUGAAGGAUUACUAAUUUAUUACUAAGAAAAUUCAAAAUAUCUUUGUUUCUGGUUAUUCUGCCCUUGCAGAUUUAUUAAGGACGACUAGCUUGGCAGAUAGCUAACAGUCCACUCCAAGAAUAUCCAAGAAUAGACCAGUAAUGCGUUCCGGAUGUUUACUGAUAAAUGAUGGGAUGACAAGGAGUACAAAACUGUAAAACUGCAGAUAAAAGAAACAAAUAAAAUGCCACAUACAAGUUUGCCAUUACUAUAUUCGACACAAUGACACUGAAGUGCAAAUGUAGGAUUAUGACACGUAACUUUAUGUAUAACUAGACAGUGUGCUGCUGGUAGCUUUAACCUCGAAAUUCUGUAAUGCUUAAUGCUGACAUUCAGUCAAAUUCCAAUUAGCCUAUAACGGAAAUUAGCACAGCAUAUCCGCUAAAUCUUAACAUGCAAAUAUUAGGAAAAUAGUAAGCAUUCUCAAUCUUUAACUUAAUAAACAAAAUAAAAAUAUGUCAUGUUUUUUACGUAUUCAUAUAUUUGACAAUAUCUAACCGAAAGUCUAAAACUUGAAACGUCUGCCAGAAGAAACUAAACUAAUAGACAACUUACGGCAAGCCCUGAGGUUCAAAUCUCUAACUCAAAAUGCAAAAGGAAAUAAAUAACCCACCAAUCGGCUUUGUUGCUAGCCAGUGUAUAGUAGACAGCACACUGGUCAUUAUUUACAGGCUGGUUGCAUUUAUUAGCCUCAAGGGCGAUGUGCAGUGCUGCCUGGGGUCAGUGAUAUAGACAUAAAACCGUCUAUAGAAAAACAUGACUACAUACAUAUCAAAUGAUCAGACCAAUGCAGAUUCUCUCAUCAUAUUAACAUUUUUGAUCAGAGUACAAUCUCAGAUGUUACACAUGUAGGUAGAUCUUAAUUUGUUCACCCUAAUGUGUGAGAGUUUUUCUGAAAUGUAAUAUUUUCAUGUUUUAAAAAGACUCAUAAUGCUUAGAUAUCAAUUACAACAACAUUUUAGACUGGGAUUUCUCUAACAAAAAAUUUAUUCAUAUUAUUCAUCACAAAAUAAAAUUUCCUGUUACUGCAAGAUAUGGUUCCUGCUUUGAAAAACUGUUAAAAUGUAUCAUCAAUGGCAUUCAACGGCAAUUAGCUUUGGCAUUAUCUGGCUUAUGGCAUUGUAACAGUUAAAUAUUUUCUUUAUUAUGUGUUUGUAAUUAUUACAGAAGUGAUAUUAAAAUGUUGUUUAGAACAUGGGAUCUUUGUUGUUGGAUUUUGCCUGUAUUGAAAUUGCAUAUUCAUCUUUAAAGACACAUGUUUAUUUUUGCUGCAUUUCAUUUGAUCAUUGUAGAAUAUCAAAUAAAAUAACAUUA